GUGUUGAGAGGGUAAGUAACUUGUUCAAGACCACAGGGCCGUAUGUGGCAAACCCAGGCAUUUGAACUUGAGUCUUCACUUUCGACUCUACUACUUUUGACUGUAUUUCUUAAGUCACCCUGUAAGCUAAAAGCUGUAAUAGCGUUUUCAACAAAGAUCAUGGGAUUACCACAGUGGGAAUGAUUAAUCUUGACUUGGGGGGAGAAAUGGGCAAAGCUUUCAAGAGGUGGGGACAUUUGAGCUGGACUCAAUGAGUAGGAUCAUGUGAGUGGGAAGAAGGAAAUCCACUGAAACAGAUUAUUAUUGGUCCAAGAUGUAACACAAUCUACUAUAAUAAUAAAUAACUAGCCCUGGCUAGUGAGGAGGUGAGAAAUGGAUUCAGGAGUCCCGUCUUUCUGUUCACCUCUCUCUGAAUACUCCCAUCACCAUAAAAAUAGCGGAUCCAUGUUCCUGAGGUGGCUUCUCGUCUAGCUCAGUCUUGUCUGUCAAGUUGGGGGCCAGGCGCAAAGCUUCUUGCCAGGAGAUGACUUGCACUGAGGUUUAAUGGCCUGGUAUAGAAUUGUGUGUUCCUCUUUCCACUGUAUUCGGGACUUUGGUUUGUCUAAACUGGGCUCUUUGUGAUAAUGGAAAGGAAUAAAGCUCAUAAAUAAAAGAGGAGACGAAAGUAGGUUUUAGUAAUGAGGCUCCUGCUUGAUCGCAUCAGCAAGCUAAGGAAAGAGCCAUUAAAUAUUUAUUGAAUUGUUGCAUUAACAUUUUCACUGCCUGCUGCGGACACUAAAACUCUCUGGAGAGUGCAGUCGUCUACCACCAAAGAGUGGAGGGAACCGGGGCCAAGCCGAAACCGACAGCUCUAUUAUUACAGACUUCCAUCUCUCUGAGGGGCCCAGAGAGACAGUUGCUAGAGGAGACUUGGUUGAGGUUGAAGACAGUGAGUGCACAGGCGGGGAUGGAGCAUAGCAGGCGCCCUACCUUGAAAUGCCUCGGGCGAUCAGCCAGCAGGUCCAGGCACAUUCCAAGCUGCCCUUUGAUUUUUUUCCAAGGCCACUGUCUCUUGAGCGUUUUGUUUAUGAUUAGUUUAAUUAUGAUAAACCAUGGUAAGAUGUAGACCCUUGGCUCUUCUUCCUACCCACCCCCCCCCCCUUCUUCUUAGUGGAAAAGAUUCUUUAAAUGGGGCUGUGUGAAGCUGGGUGAGAGAGUGCAGAUUGCCUCAGCAGACCCAGCACUCUCCUCCUGUGGCCGGUCACCUUCCAAAUAAGGCAUGCUGUAGGUAUUCCAGCCGCUGUAAGGUCUUGAGCUGGUCAAGGAGUCAAUUAUUAUGCAUUAAAAAGCAAUUCAUCAUCUAGAGUAGUGAACUCUUGUGUUAUUUUUAGGCCAACCUUUUAAUUUAUGUGGCGUGCAAGAACAGGGUUUCUCACGUGAACUUCUGGAGGGUUCAUGGAACAAUACCCAGGGUAGGGGGUGGGGCACCCAGCAGGAGUAGGUCUCUGAACGACUUUGCAAUGAUCCCAUAGUUGGCUAGUUUUUAACAAGGACGUUAGAGUCAGACAGUAGUCCACCUCCCAGCUCUGCCACUUGCCACUUUGAUGAUGUCGAGUGGGUCACUUACACGGCCUGAGUCUGUUUCUCUGCCUGUACAAUGGAUUCAUUAUGGGAUGUACCCCAACAAAUUGCUCUGAGGACAAGAUGAGAUAAUGCAUGUAAAGCCACUAGGAUAAUACUUGGUACAUAGCAAUCACUUCAUCGGUGCUAGUUGUUGUUACUAUUUCUUAAACCUUUAAUUCUAACCUAGAACUUUCUAGCCUUUGAGACUUCCUAUAAAGCCAGACAGGAGGUGAAUCUCAAAUCACUAAAUCAUGGACGUUCACAACUGGAAGGUACCAAGAAAAGAUCAUCAAAUUGGGGGUCGGCAAAGUCUGGCCCUCUAGCCACAUUCAGCCUGCAGUCUUUUCUGUACAUUGUUUUGGUGGAACACAUUCAGGCCCAUUCAUUUAUGUUUUCUCUAUUUCUCUAUGGCUGUUCUCCUACUGCAAGGGCAAAGCUGAAUAGUUGUGACAGAGAUGAUAUGAGCUACAUGCCCUCAAAGCCUAAAAGCUUGACUCUCUGACCCUCUACAGAGCAGGUUUGUUGACCCCGAUCUAAUCCAUUUAGGAUUUGCCCCUCAGGAAACCAAGGUUCAGAGGAGGACAAGGACUUGAAGAGAUACACUGCCAAGUCUUGAUCAUAAGCUCCCUGACUGCUCUCAUGCUGUUGUGCAUCUUGCCUCCUGGCUUGCCAAGAAAGGGAUCAUGGAAACACCAGGGAGAGCUCAUCCACUCGUGUAUUGGAAACCAGAGCAGAAGUGCUGUUGACCAGCAAAUAAACCAAUCCUGCCAUGGAGGAAACCACUUCUUAGAGGAAGAUCUGCCUGCACUGCAAGUGCCCUCAGGAGGAGCACAUGGUGACCGUGAUGCCCCUAGAGAUGGAGAAGACGGUCAGCAAACUCAUGUUUGACUUCCAGAGGAACUCCACGUCAGACGACGACUCAGGCUGUGCCUUGGAGGAGUACGCCUGGAUCCCGCCGGGGCUGAAGCCUGAACAGGUUCAUCAGUACUACAGCUGUCUCCCAGAGGAGAAGGUUCCUUACGUCAACAGUCCUGGAGAGAAGCUCCGAAUCAAGCAGCUACUACACCAGCUGCCGCCACAUGACAAUGAGGUUCGAUAUUGCAACUCCCUGGAUGAGGAGGAGAAGAGGGAGCUGAAGCUCUUCAGCAACCAGAGGAAACGUGAAAACUUGGGUCGAGGGAAUGUCAGGCCCUUCCCAGUCACGAUGACAGGAGCUAUCUGUGAACAGUGCGGAGGCCAGAUUAACGGCGGGGACAUCGCCGUGUUUGCGUCCCGUGCCGGCCACGGCGUUUGCUGGCACCCGCCGUGCUUCAUCUGCACCGUCUGCAACGAGCUGCUGGUGGAUCUGAUCUACUUUUACCAAGAUGGGAAGAUAUACUGUGGCCGGCACCACGCCGAGUGCCUGAAGCCGCGCUGCGCAGCCUGUGACGAGAUCAUCUUUGCAGACGAAUGCACAGAAGCUGAGGGACGGCACUGGCACAUGAAACACUUUUGCUGCUUCGAGUGCGAGACGGUGCUUGGCGGCCAGCGCUACAUCAUGAAGGAGGGAAGGCCCUACUGUUGUCGCUGCUUCGAGUCCUUGUAUGCAGAGUAUUGCGACACCUGUGCCCAACACAUAGGGAUCGACCAAGGUCAGAUGACCUACGACGGCCAACACUGGCAUGCCACCGAGACCUGUUUCUGCUGUGCUCACUGCAAGAAAUCCCUCCUGGGGCGGCCGUUCCUCCCAAAGCAGGGCCAGAUAUUCUGCUCCCGGGCCUGCAGUGCCGGGGAGGACCCCAAUGGCUCUGACUCCUCCGAUUCGGCUUUCCAGAACGCCAGGGCCAAGGAGUCCCGGCGCAGUGCCAAAAUCGGCAAGAACAAGGGCAAGACGGAGGAGCCCAUGCUAAACCAGCACAGCCAGCUGCAGGUGAGUUCCAACCGACUGUCGGCCGACGUGGACCCCCUGUCACUGCAGAUGGACCUGCUCAGCCUGUCCAGCCAGACGCCCAGCCUCAACCGGGACCCCAUUUGGCGGAGCCGGGACGAGCCCUACCACUAUGGGAACAAGAUGGAGCAGAACCAGUCCCAGAGUCCCCUGCAGCUUCUCAGCCAGUGCAACAUCAGAACUUCCUACAGUCCAGGAGGGCAGGGGGCCGGGGCCCAGCCUGACAUGUGGGCCAAGCACUUCAGCAACCCCAAAAGGAGCUCAUCACUGGCCAUGAAGGGGCACGGUGGCAGCUUCAUGAAGGAAUGCCGCGAGGACUAUUACCCGGGAAGGCUGAGAUCCCAAGAGAGCUACAGCGAUAUGUCCAGUCAGAGCUUUAGUGAAACCCGAGGCAACAUCCCAGUCGCCAAAUACGAGGAGGAGGAAGAGGAGGAGGAAGGGGGCAUAUCCACUCAGCAGUGUCGGACCCGCCAUCCAAUCAGUUCCCUGAAAUAUACUGAGGACGUGACGCCCACAGAGCAGACCCCCCCGGGCUCCAUGGAAUCACUGGCCCUGUCUAAUGCAACAGGCCUGUCCGCCGAUGGUGGCGCCAAGCGCCAGGAGCACCUCUCCCGGUUUUCCAUGCCCGACCUCAGCAAAGACUCUGGAAUGAAUGUCUCCGAGAAGCUGAGCAACAUGGGCACGCUUAACUCGUCCAUGCAGUUCCGGAGCGCAGAGUCGGUUCGCAGCCUGCUCUCUGCCCAGCAGUACCAGGAGAUGGAGGGAAACCUCCACCAGCUCGGCAACCCCAUUGGGUACAGGGACCUGCAGUCCCACGGCAGGCUGCACCAGAGCUUUGAUUUCGAGGGGGGGAUGGCGGGCAGCAAGCUGCCAGGGCAGGAGGGCAUGAGGAUCCAGCCCAUGAGCGAACGCACGCGGAGGAGAAGUACCUCCCGCGACGACGCUCGCCGCUUCCGACCCCACCGCUCCAGGCGUUCCCGGCGCUCUCGCUCGGACAACGCCCUCCACCUGGCCAGCGAGCGCGAGGCCAUCUCUCGGUUAAAAGAAAGGCCCCCGCUCCGAGCCAGGGAGGACUACGACCAGUUCAUGCGCCAGCGCAGCUUCCAGGAGAGCUUGGGCCAAGGGUCCCGGAGGGACCUGUACGGCCAGUGCCCGAGAACGGUGUCGGACCUGGCUCUGCAGAAUGCCUUUGGGGAGCGGUGGGGACCCUACUUCACCGAGUAUGAUUGGUGUUCCACCUGCUCGUCCUCUUCGGAGUCUGACAAUGAGGGCUAUUUCCUAGGAGAACCCAUCCCCCAGCCCGCCCGCCUGCGAUACGUCACAAGCGAUGAGCUGUUGCACAAAUACAGCUCCUACGGCCUCCCCAAGUCUUCCACGUUAGGGGGCAGGGGACAGUUGCACAGCAGGAAAAGACAAAAGAGCAAAAACUGUAUCAUCUCUUAAUACGGUUGGCGUCAGGGAAUGGGGGAAGAUGGGAGCUAAGAAUGUACAUCCAGAAACUUGCACUGUUUUCAGUUUUAAAGCGCUUUCCGGGGGUGGUUGCUGGAGGAGAAGAGGAACGUGGUGCCAGUUGUGGAGGCAAGGUUCUAGACUGACUCAAUAGGUAGUCCCAGUUCUCGGCAUGUUGAGUAUUAUUUGCACAUUUCACUUUGGAAACGCUGUAGACUCUGUGGAGGCCAGGGUUGGCCCCCUCCUGCCCGUCAGUCUGUGUGGAGUCGCCUUUCGCAAGAUGGCAAACUGUUUCCCGCUCGCUUAUAUCCUCUCUGGUUCUCUUACUUUUAGGACCCUUUUUCCAGUAAGUAAUUUGUUUAUUAGCCAGGACCCAAGACUAAGUUAUUUACAUGUCCAUUGUAAAUGCAAUGUAAAUGAGAGUUCUGAUAAAAUAUUUUUGUAUUUUGUAAUAUCAAAGGAAUUUCUAUAUCGUAGGACUCAGUGAAGACUUGCAUGCACAUCCAGCGUUGUCUUUGAGUAGUAUUCAGAGGUGGUCCAGGACCACCUUUUUUUUUUUUUUUCUUUUUUCUAUACAAAUUUGUUACAUGUCAGUGAGACCUUUUUCAAAGGAGUUUAUUCAAUUUGACUUUUUGUGGCUGAAAAAAAAAAUGAACUAUUACACCCAAAGUAUUUUAUGCUCCAUUCCAUCUUAAGGAGACAUCCUUAAGUCUGCUCCCACCCUCGGUAGAAUUUCUUCUCUACAAAGUGAUAGUAAUUUUUUUUUUAAUUGCAAACGUAACUUUUGCCAAUUAGAGAAACCAACCAGUGUCCGUAAAGUCCCGUGAGCAACGCCAUCCCUGCUGGGAACAUUGAAGUUGCUUGCUAUUGGUCUGUCCCUUGGGGAAAAUGAAAGUGACUGUGAGUGGUACCCGUCGUGUGAUGUCAGCAUGACGUUGUUUUGAAUGUGGCAUUAUUUUCUGGUGCUCAUGUUUCCUGGAUUAUAUUAUCUGCUUUCCUUUACCAAGGCAGACAGAACAGCUGCCUUAGCCUGACAACCGGUUGUCCUCAGUGCAAAUGAACUUAAGCAGUACAUAUGUAGGGGCAGAAGGUUCUGUGGGGCUCUGGGAGUGACGGGGUGUUCUAGAGCGUACGUCAUGCGUGGAGAAGGAACAAGGGAAUUCGAAAAGCAGAAAGCAAGUCAAGGGUGGAGACUGAAGGGGAAUAUGAAGGAAGGCCAGAGCAAGGAGAGCUUCUGGAAAUGAAGUAGAGUGGAGGUGACCUCUACCUUGAAUACCCCUCCCCCCCCAAUGCUUGUGGAAAGAAUCCAGUUUAACACACCCCGUAACCAGAGUGUCUGGGUUACCCAGGAACGGGAGCUGCUCGGGAGAUUUCAGGGUGAUGGCCUUGAAAAACAAAUGCUGUUCAGAGGGGGAUUUUCGUGUUGAACUUUGGGGACUGUUGGUCAGACAGAAAAUGGGCUCAAAAGUGAGUUUGCUUGAAGAAGACAUUUAACGGUUGUGUUGUUUAUAGUAAAAUAAAACUUCCUACCUUGCUUCAGUUCAAAAUGAAGCGCUGGCUUUUUCUUCCAUUCUCCUCCUCCCUUUAAUGGAUUGUGGCAGUUGAAAUAAUCCAUCGGAGGACCCACCUUUAGUGAGAUGUACUGUUCAUGUAGUACACGGUGUAUCUCAGUGCCCAUCUGCCAUGGUGAGGUGAGCGUGGUCUCUUUUCAGUAUAGUAGUUAAUAUUUUCUAGUAUUUUUUUAUGGAGAGAAUGUGAAAAGUGGCUUUUCAGACACCAUCUCAAAUGGGUCUGGGGAAAAGAAGGCUGUAAAGGUCGUGGAAAUGGCACUCCAUUCAGGAUGUAUUAAAAUAAUUUGCUUUUCAGGUAUUAAUAUGACAUUUGUCAUUGUCACUGAUUUUUUAAAAAAGCAAUGCAAAUGUUGGUUGUGGCUGUUUUCCGCAUGCUAUCUUCAUAUCUAAAUGCUUCAUUAAUUAUCCAAGCCUCCGGAGAAUUAACUCUAUUACGUUUGUAUAGUAAGUUUGUAAACUGCUUGGCAAAACUGAUUAAGAAAUAAUGUGCAACACCAUGUACUGAAGUGGCAGGUUUCUGGUAGAAAUCGGGCGAGUCCAAUUUGGAAUUUUGAGUUCCUUGAUUGAUGAGAAUAAAAAGGCAUUUGGGAAUAAGAAAAGAGAGACAAUAGUAGAUCGCUUAACAUAACAAACAACUGAAAAUCGUGUCUGUCCUCUGUGGCCUGGAAUUCAAUGAAAGAAAUUCUCCUGGUAAAAGCUGCUUUCUAACUCCAUCCUUUCCAGAAGUACCUCUUACUUUCCCCAGACGAGGCUUGAGCCACCAUCAGCAGAAAGAAGAGGGUGGCCGGAAAUCAACCCGUAGCCACAUCCUGUGAGAGGGUGGGAGGAAUAAGCGAUUUCAGAGCUAGCUGCCCAGGGAGCAUCCGGCAGCUCAACUGGCCAGAGCUUGAAAUAUAUUGAGAUGCAAGCCUCAGGGUCACACUGUCUAUAACCAAGUUCACCUCCGUGUGUUCCAUCUCGGCUUCUGCCCACCCCACAUGCAGCCAGGCACCUUACAGAUGAUGCCCAGGAGGCUGGUAAAAUCAUCACAAAGGUGAUGGGACCUCCAAGUGAAUGCCCUGGAGAAAGCAGGAUGUCACUGUUGUAGGAAUUCUACCCAUUAGUGAUAACUUACACCUAACAUCAUGGAAUCCCAGUCCCAGAAACUCAAUGCGUUCUCUUCUGAGGCAAGAACUUAGGGUCCUCACCUGAUUCCUCCAUCAUAACCACGAGCUCUUCCUGGUCAAGUUUUGCCUGUGAGUGGGGCUUACACUCACCUCUUUCUAGAUUUCAUUUCAUCUUCAAUAGACUGUUCUAGAAAAGUAAUCUUUUCCUAGUUUCCUUUCAUCUCUAAUACCUAGGGUUUGCUUUUUCUACCUCUCUUCAUAUUGGUCUUCUUGUCUUUUGGUUAAAACCACCACUUUGGAAGUGGUGACUUCAGGACUUUGGAAGAAAUGACUUCAGGUCAUUUCUUACCGCUGCUCAAUUCAGUGGCAACAGAAUGCACUCUUUCCCAGGAGGAAGUAGCCAUUGACGGUUUCCUGAAUGGCCCUGCCAAUACAUACAACCCUUGAUUCUGUGAACAGCUUUCUUAGCAGCCUGGUGGCAUGGAGUGUGGCAUUCAGGUACCCUUCCUUCUGUCCUGUAGUUCCAGGAUCUCUAUCAAGUGUGAAGGUGAAUGAGGUGAGGGAAAGCAGAACCAUGCUCCCUGGUCCUGUGCAGGUGUAAGGCGGGUAGGGUUCCUAGUGUUGGUUGUUUGAUGCCUCCUUUCCACAUUCACCUUCUCAUCUCUAGUCCUUCCUUUCUGUCCUCAGCCAGCCCAGUGAACAAGCAAUUUUGUCUUUCCAGUAGGGGACCAGAAGACAGCCCGUGCUCAUCCUCUUUUCCCAUUCUGUAGGAUGCUUUUGCACUGCAACCAACUAUAUUUCCUUCUCCUGCAGUGGCUUUCCACUUCUUGGGUACCCCUCGCCGUUGCUGAGUUCAGGUGCAGCCAGUGAUGACAUAGAUGUAACGCGUGCUCUUCCAUCCCUGCAACCCGGCCCAUAAAACCAAUGGAUGGAUCUACGCUUUCCCGGGGAGCAUGGAUGCAGCCUCAGAAAGCUUUAUGACACUCCAAGCUGCCAGGGUCAGUCGAUUAGAACUGAGGUCAUUUGAUAACAAGUCUCAUUUGUGAACUGGUUUUUAUUUGUCUUUCCAUCGUUUGCCAUGGGCCCAAAACAGUACACCACCCUUUUUAGGAAGCCUCAUUCAUAAAUGACUGUGAGAGCCCAAUUCCUUUGUGGAUGCUAAAAGUGGAGGCUGACUUCUAUAAGCUGUUUUGCUGUCUUUGUUUUAAGACAAAUCUCUUCGGCCUCCUUUUGCAUUCCCAUGUUCUUGGCCAAUUAUUAUAAGCAGCCUUCUGUUCAUGCUUUUGCAGAGGUCAGAUAAGAGGCCAUCUUACUCUUCAUCUAAUCCCACCUUCUAACCAGAAAUAACACAAAUAUUUGAAUUCCAAGGAGAAGUGCUCUGUGUGUAUUUCUGUCUAACAGAAACCAGAUGCUAAUGGCUAAGAAGGAGGAUCUAUCUCUGACCAAAGCAAAGUGGGAAAUGAAACCAGUUAUCUGAAUAUUUCAUGUCAGAAGAGUUGCUAUUAGCAACUGUUUAGCACCUUCAAGGCUUUGGAAUGGGCUCUACAGACAGCCUUCCAGCUGCAGGACUCAGCGAAGCCUCCUCUCCUGAUUUUGAAGGCACUUUCAGGUUUCUGCCUUUUGAGGUCCAUCUCUCGAAGCACAAGGGAAGUAGAAAUGAAGACAGCGUUGCCUUGCAUCCAGUGCUUGACCCCUUGGGGCCGUCAGCAGACAUCAGAGCUCGUCUGUCUGACCACUUGGAAGCAGCUGUCAAGGUUAGGACCAAGAAUUCCUUUCCCAUUUUCUCAUAAUAGUAGCCCAGUCAACACAAGACUGCCAUAAACCAUGACUCACUAUUGGGAGCUAUACUCUUUUAUAAGCUUACUUCCUGCUGACAAAACUAGAUUUCCCCAAGGGGAAUAAAAAAGGAGGGAGGAAAGUCACGUUGUGUAGGAAAACAUUUCUGGUGAUUUAGAUAGGAUGAAUCUGUAGGAUAGAAAAAAAAAAAUUCUUCUAUCCUGAGUUUUUGGAGAUAUCCCUUCACCCUACUGGGCAUUUGGCCAUUCGUGUUCAAUAGGUCACUGUCCCGCCUUUUUAAAAUUUUUUGGAAAGAAUUACCCACUAGUAAGGUCUGCUCUCCAGCCUCUCUAGUUGAUAUUCCUGUGUUUCCAUAACGCAUUUUGGUUCUACGAUGGACCCUGACUUAACAUUCUAAGGUCUAAGAGUCCUGCAUUUUCCUUAGCAAAUUAGGACUUCGGCAGUUUUCCCUCUCCUAAACACAUUCUUUCCUGUAUAGAAUAGCUUUGCCCAUCUCCUGCUUUAACUCCAAGUGCAUAAACAAAACCUCAGAGGGUCUGAGAAGGUGAGGCGGGCCAGACUCUGUGUUGUGUGUCGAGUGUCAAGCUAUUUGUAAAGAAGGUCUGCAACGGGCCUUUGGUGUGGGCUCUGCCAGAGACUGUUGUGAACACUUUGCUUGAGAUCCGUGCCCUGUAAAAUGGAUAUGUUUUACUGAUGUCUGUAAUACAUUUGUAAACUUCCAAUAAAAUUUGAAUAAAAGAAGUGUUG